AUGCCCAAGCAAUAUCCGGGACUCGGUCUCCCCCUUCAAUACUGUGGCAACGAGCAAGACAAUUAUCCCAUUGGUCUUUUCGCUAGCUACCAAAAUACCGUGUCUGAUAUACUUCCUGUCCGAGAACUCGCCAUGAUGAGCAUCAUGGAUCGACUUUCGGAUAAGGAAGAUUGGCACAAGAAGGUCUUUGAUGAUACGAUUGUAUCCAAAUGGCGUGAAGAAGCUCUAGCAAUUCCAGAUGAGCAGUUCAGGGCCCUAGCGAGGGUUGCCAAGCAUCAGAAGUGGAAUCACAAAAACGAGGUUACUCUUUUGGAUGCACCUCCUCAGUCUGAGUAUCGAAUGCUAAAGGAUAUCAUGAACCAAAAUUCUUUUGAUUGUUGUAUCAAGGAACUUCAAAGUAAAGCUAGAUACUUUGAAAAGACUGGUAUCGUACCCACGCUCGACGCCUGCGCGUCCAUUGUAAAGGCAGACAAUCUAGUUCCCUCUUCCCUUCAUACGGCCUUGCGCGACGCUCUUGACAUUCUCAAGAGAGAACAGUCAGCAGACCCCGACUGGCAUCCGGGAUCACAAGAUAAGGUACAGGAUCUACUGCAUCCAUCCAUGUAUCCCCUGGUAUAUGGACGCAGUAGAGUUCUAAAGGACGAGGUUGUUGGUGUCAGCGAUGCCAUCGGGACAUGGGCUGGAAAGGGCGAUAUCAUUCCCAAGGAAGAUUGGGACAUAUUUCCAUCGCUUCCAGAAGACGAAGCUCAGUAUUGGUCCGAAACGUACCAAUGGCUGCCAUCAAACCUUGCUUUCCAAGGGGAUGGUUCCGUCAAGUUUACCAGCUACAUCAAUAACCUUCAUCCAGAAAAAUACUCCUCUAUCUAUCGCACGAUUGAGAAGCUCAUCGAUAUAACGCUUCCUGCUUGGGAUCAGUGUCUUGCCACUCACAAAAAUAGCAAUGCAGCAGUUCAGCCAGGAAGAUGCAGUUCAAGGUUUCCUUACCCAGAUGAUCCCAACGACUGGAAUGCCGAGCAUUGGUUCCCUUCUGACCCUCGGGAAGUUGCAGACGUGGGGAUGGAUUGGACAGAGAUUUACGGAAGCGAAUAUCAUCCCCAAGAUGCUGAAAAAUGGGUUUAUCUACGACAACCAGUCAAUCCAGAGCCUUCCUACAAAGAGAUAAACUAUACAAUUGCAUCAAAGGACAGGCUUGCACAGAGGUUUCGUGACUCUGGUCUCCAAGUCAUUGUCAAAAUGGCGUCUAUAGAGCUUACGCCAGAGAAGCCUGAUUUUCCAGCAGGAGGUUGGCACGUCGAAGGACAAAUGAAUGAGCGCAUUUGCGCAACGGCCCUGUUCUAUGUAGACAGCGAGAAUAUUUCACCCAGCAGUCUUGCAUUCCGUAUGCGGACAUCGGAUGAACUGCAAGAAGAACUUGAUAUUGGGCAGGAUGAGUAUCACUGGCUAGAGCAGGUCUAUGGAACAGAGUUGGGGCCUUCCAACGCUCCUUGUAUUCAGAACUAUGGCAGCGUUCACACGAAUCAAGGAAGAAUCCUCGCGUUUCCGAACGUAUUUCAACACAGAGUGUCCCCUUUUCAGCUGGAGGAUCCGACCAAAGCUGGCCAUCGCCGCUUCAUUGCGCUGUGGCUCGUGGACCCUACUUGGCGCAUAGUCUCGACAGCCAAUGUGCCUCCGCAACAGUCGGACUGGUGGAUUGAUUCUGUCUUUGGAGAUUCGAUCGAAGCGCAGAAAGUUUCAACUAAAAAGAUGCCCCCCGAAAUCUUGACACUUUUGAAAGAAAAAGGCCUUGCUCCAGAUGUUUCCAUAAAGGAGAAAACAACAUUGCCGCCAGAAUUGAGAAAUAUGGUGCGCGAUCAUUUCAACGCUGCUCGAGACUCGCUACCAAUGACGUUACAAGAAGCCAAGGAACACAGGCUAAAGCUAAUGGAGGCUCGCACUGCAUUCCUCAAGACAGACCAAGGUGGAUGGCAGGAGAACACAUAUUCAUUCUGCGAACAUUGA